AUGGCUUCUGCCUCAUUCCGGGAGAAUAUGAAUUCGCUGGGCUGGUCACGGCGAGACCAGGACACCCCAGUACGAACAGACGCAAAUACGCCUAUGCUGUCCCGACUCCGGUCUCUUAAUCCGUUCGGCGGCGGUGAGGGAUAUCUGCGACUUCCGACUCAAGAACCCGGGGCACCUUUGCCUGCGCCGUCUAGGCGAGAGGAAGAGGAAAGUUUCUUUGCGUUAAGUCGCUGGGAUCGAAUGCUUGUCUUUGGUGCAUGUAACCUUGGAGCUGCUGUUUGUUUCUUGCUAUGUUUCGUUCUGUGGCCGGCUUUGAUAACGAAGCCCCGCAAAUUCGCCAUUUUAUGGUCCGUCGGCUCAGCUCUGUUCCUAGCUUCAUGGGCCGUUCUCAUGGGCCCUAUCUCCUAUAUCCGACAUCUUCUAUCCGGACCCCGACUACCAUUUACUGCUGCUUACUUCGGCUCUAUUGCAUUGACAUUGUACUUUGCCGUCGGUUUACAAAGAAGCUUCCUCACCUUGUUCGCCGCUAUAUUCCAGCUUGUCGCACUGAUAUGGUAUCUGGUCAGUUACUUCCCCAUGGGAAGUACCGGGUUGCAAUUUAUGGGACGCUUUGGUGUCCAGAGGGUUGCGGCCUGGGUUAGUGGUUAG